AUUAGAAACGGCACCCGAUCGAAGUUAUAUAUAGGUGACCAAACGUCUGCGACCGCAUCAGUGCGAGUUUCGACUCAUGCGAACGACGACUUGAGCGACCGUAUCGUUACAAUAUAUUUAUAAUAAAAUAUUAUAGAUAUUAAGUAGACUUACGUACUURGACGUCCAACAUGUCCACCAUCAUCAAGUGGUGUYUCAUUGGGAUCCUUGUCGUCGUGCGAUUUUCGUCUGKCCAUGGCGAUUCCGGUCCGGAAAGGUCGUUUGGCGCAUUUCAGUGCACUUCCGCCGACGGUCCAGGCUUGUGUCUAUUUAAAGGAAUMGUCAAAAACGCCUUGYUGUACGCCGCGAGCCGAAGGGAAGACCUCUCGWCCGUCGGUGGAGGUAGUCAUCUCCAACAGCAGUCCAAAGGCAUCGAGGAAUACCUCCUCGAGCAGAUUCAAAACAUAUUGGGACUGUUUUCGUUCGGGUUCGACCUGCCGGCCGAAGUCACCUCUCCGUGGUCGCUGCUCAAGUCGUCGUUCCUCAACGGUAGAGGCAAAAAGAACAAAAACCUCGGCCCAAUGCUGGCGGCCGGCGUGGCCGUGAUGGCCGGCACGCUGAUGCCGCUGGCGUUCGGCGCGCUGUUCAUGUUGGCCGGCAAAGCGAUCAUGACCAGCCUGCUGGCCAUCACCAUUUCCGGGAUGCUCGGACURAAGACGCUGUUCGGCAAACAAGAACAUGGCCACGUCAAGGCGUACUCCGCCCCGCCGGCGCACUUAACCGAGGCGCAGUUCGAUCAGGAACUGGGCGUGUACCACGGUCAUACCGAGGCCAAAAUGCACAGCUCGUCGGCCAACUACUACGCGGGCGAGUCCAACCCUCCGGGCGCGUACUUUAAGGGCAUACGGCCAUCGCAGCAACAGCAGCACGACAACGGACCCGACCAACCGACCGAGUAUUACACGUCGGCAGGACCGAUGGUGCCCAAUAAAAUCGCCGCGGUGGAGAAAAACGACUAGAUGACUGUAAAUUGUAAAUUUCUAUACCGUAGUAGAUAGCUAUUACAUUUUUGAUGUGUUGUAUAUUUUUUGAUAAUUUAUUGAUGAUCCGCGAACACAUAACAAUUGUAUUCAUCAUUGUCAUUAAUGUUGUUGUUGUUUUUGUUGUUGUCGUUUUUGUCCAUCGACACAGUGUGCAAUUUGAUCUAAAACUUAUUAAUUUAUUGUAACUACUAAAGUGAGUA